AUGGACGGUUUUAAAUAUAAAGCCUAUAAACCGAAAUCUAAAGGUGGAAAUAGAAGGAAUAAAAAUCAACUUCCAAUAAACCUUGAAGUAAAUUCAAAUGACAAACUAACGGGAGCCUUGUAUCACCGUAGAAAUGUCAUUAAACAGUCUGACUGGUUUAAAGGUGUACAACAUACAUUUGAUAGCGUUAUAUCCAGCGAUAAUUGGCCUACACCCGCUAAAAUAAUUGCACUCGGAUUGGGAAGUUUUGAAGAUAACAGGAAUGCAGUCGAUCAGCUCGUUUUAUUGGAGUACAUUAUAGAAAAGUUACAAAUUGCACCUAACAACGUCAGCCUCUAUGAUCCUGUCUGCACGGAAACUGAUAAAGACUUCGUUAAGCAGUUCGGAUAUGAUUAUAUACAAGAUAGCGAUAGUAUACACACUAAUAAUAACUGUAAUACGUUCCUUUAUAUGCCCCAUUGCGAUAAAGUACUCUAUGAAGCCACGCUGAGUAGCUACUGGAGCGCUGAUAAGCUAUCCACCGUAGUACUCCUCGGUAAUGAUCUCUCACUGUACUCAAAUCGACAGAAAGACAAAGGAAAUGUCAGCCUUGUCUCAAAAUUCCUAACAUUUUCAGAAUCUAACAAUCUUCCUAACCCACCUGAUGACCUCAUUAACAGUUUCAACGAGUUGUGUUUCCAAUAUGUACCAUCGCUACGAGCGAGAUGGUUAAAUGAGGAAUACUGGAAUAAGCAGUGA